AUAAUUUGUUAAGUUCAAAGUUGUAAUAUUAUAUUAAAAUCAAAUAUACCGUUAUCAUAAUGAAUAGAGACAAAAGAGAACCUGAAUAUCCAGUUGAAUUAGAAUCGCAAUUUAUUUUACGUUUACCCGAAGAACCAGCGAAAAUACUUCGAGACGUUCUUAAGUCUGGAGAAAAUCUUAAAAAUCGUCUAACCAUACAAGUUGAUAAUGAUGUCAGAAGCGGCGAGGUAAGGUUUGAUCAUUGGCUUAUGCACGCUAAAAUUCUUGAUUUACCCACUAUCAUAGAAUCGAUGAAAACCAUUGACAAUAAAAGCUUUUACAAAACAGCAGAUAUAUGUCAAAUUAUGAUCUGUAAAGAAGAAGGAGACGCCUUUGAAGAAGAGUCUCCAUCGAAAACUAAGAAGAAAGAUCCUUAUAAAGUUGACAAAAAAUUUUUGUAUCCUCAUGGUGUAACUCCACCUACCAAAAACGUUAGAAAACGGCGUUUUAGAAAAACUUUGAAAAAGAAGUAUGUAGAAGCACCAGAAAUAGAAAAAGAGGUAAAGCGUUUGCUCCGGGCAGACAAUGAAGCUGUAGGUGUUACAUGGGAAAUUAUUAAGGAGGAUGACGAUCAUCCAAAACAUGAGACAGCUCCUAAACCCAAAGAACGUAAAAAAGCAGCUGUCAAAAAGGAACCUAAUCCUAAACAGGAGCCAUCAAAUGUUGUGGACAUCUUUGGUGGUGCUGUAAGUGAUAGUGAUCCAGAGGAAGACACUAUGAAUAUGGAACUAGAAAGAAUGUCUCCAUAUAGCCAUAUGUCAGAUAAUACAAUGCUCAGUAUGGAUCAAAAGUCAUUUACAACAGAUUUUAAACCACAAACAUCAAAACAAAGUGAGCCAGCUCAAAUGGAGUACUUUGAGGAAGACUCUCGUGAUCGGGAUAACAUGACUAUUAGAAUUGAACAGCUUAAAGCUGAGUUAGAUGAACUUAAACAAAGAAGACAGAGAACACAGAAUGAAAUAGCUGGAAUGGAAAACCAGGCUCUUAGACAACGGUUCCAAGAAACACUUCAUACACUCAAUCAAGACAUAAUGUAUAAAGAAAUGGAAUACCAGGGACUAAUAACUUUGCAGACAUCUGAGGAUAUUUAAAAGUUUUGAGACUAGUAAGUGACUUUUGGCAUAGAAAAAGUAGUCAACAGUCAACACAUCUUUAGGUCUCAUCUAUGCUCAAAUUUAAUCAAAUCAGUUCAGUAGCUAAAGCAAGAAAGACUGUAAUAAUGAAUAAUUCACACAGUUUUUAGGUUAGAAAAUAUAGUUAGGUACAAUUAAUUAGUUUUUAGUACUUAUUCUUUAUGGUGUAAUUUGCAGUUUAAUAAACUGGUUUCAAAUAA